AUACUUUUAACGAGGCACAACCGGCAAACCUUUGAGUUUUUUGCCAUUUCAGCGCCGUUUAGUCACGGGGUGAUUUAUUUCUGCGAGUUCUGUAACGUUACUCAAGAUGGCGCCCUGCAGUCGAGUCGGGUUUUAGGGGUUGUUUGUUUAGCAAGCCUGCAGAUGAUUAAGACAAAAAAUAAGAGCAGCUCUGUCAUUUUGUGACAUUUAUUUGCUGGAAACCAUUCACACACACACACACACACAUGUGUCACAGAAAAGUGCGCAUUUUCAACUAAAACUUCAGUAUCAAGGAAAAGUGUUCAUCAUGACAACACCCACAUAUCACAGAGUGAUCGAGCGAUCUUAAUCACACUGAGAAUCACGCGGUUAAACUCAUAUCUAGCGCACUCGGCUGUUUCUGAUGAACAGGAAGAGUUCGGCAGAGGCGGGGAAUGAGGAGAGAGAGACCGAGAGACGGGCCAAAACAAGAGUUUGAUCGCUGUUUGCUGCUCUGUGACACCCGAGGAACCUGACACUAUGGUGAUUAAAGUUUACAUCGCGACAUCCUCCGGAUCGACAUCGAUCAAGAAACAGCAGCAGGAUGUCAUGGGCUUCUUGGCAGCCAAUAAGAUUGAGUUUGAGGAAUGUGACAUCGCAGCUGAUGAAGACAACAGGAAGUGGAUGCGAGAACACGUCCCCGAGGAUUUCCGACCGGCAACAGGGAACCCUUUACCUCCUCAGAUCUUCAACGAGGACAGAUACUGUGGGAAUUACGAGGCGUUCUUCUGUGCCCGUGAGGACAAUGCAGUGUAUGCGUUUCUGGGCUUGACGGCGCCUCCAGGCUCAAAGGAAGCAGAAGCGCUGUCUAAGAAAACGCAGAUGUAAUCUAGAAAAGCGGCUCUAGCAGAGCUGAAGAACUCCUGCACUUUCUGAUGAUUGAGUUUCUUUUCUUGUUGGUUCUUUUUUUUUUCUUUGCACCCAUUAAAUUAUGUGAUGAAUUAUUUGUCCACUCAAAAGUCCAUCUUAUUGAUUGAACUGUUCAAACUGAAAAGAAAGCAUGUCUGCAGUCGUCCAAAUAGACGAGCAAACUUGAUUUUAAUUAUAUUUAAUCAUUCCUCUAAUGUUUAAGCAUGCAGUUUUUGUUAUGUUUAUGCUUGAAUGUUCUUGAUUAUGUAUGCGGUUCAAGUUACAUUUAAUACGUGCGCAUAUAUUCAGGGUUUCUGGUGGUCUUAAAAACUCUUAAGUCUUAAUUUUACCUUUCACAAAUUAAAGCCUUAAAAGGUUUUAAUUCGGAGCAGAAAGUCUUACAUUCAUAAAGGCAGGGGGUUAAAUGCUUCAUG